ACUUUCUGGGCGUGGACCUAGUUAGCAAGCUAGGAGCUAGCUACUGUAGCUAGCAGAAAAAGACCGACCUGAUACAGAAACACAGCUAGCUAGCAAUCCUGGUUGUGAUAAUAUUGUCACUGGAUUUAAAUUAACAGGUUUAAAAUAAUACCAACCAUGUCUGAUGGAGAGGGUUACGUGGUACGUGUGAGAGGCCUACCAUGGUCCUGCUCUGUGGAUGAAGUACAGAGGUUCUUCUCAGAUUGUAAAAUCGCCAACAAUGGCACCAGCAUCCAUUUUACCUCCACACGUGAGGGCCGACCCAGCGGAGAGGCCUUCGUUGAGCUGGAGGACGAGGAUGACCUGAAAAUCGCUGUGAAGAAGGACAGAGAAACCAUGGGCCACAGAUAUGUGGAAGUGUUCAAAUCCAACAACGUGGAGAUGGACUGGGUGAUGAAACAUUCUGGUCCAAACUGCCCAGAGACGACUGGAGACGGCCUGGUCAGACUCCGAGGCCUCCCCUUCGGCUGCAGCAAGGAGGAGAUCGUCCAGUUCCUCUCAGGGUUGGAAAUCGUGCCAAAUGGGAUUACAUUGCCGGUGGACUUCCAGGGGAGGAGUACGGGGGAGGCCUUCGUGCAGUUUGCUUCACAGGAUAUAGCUGAAAAGGCUCUAAAGAAACACAAGGAAAGAAUAGGGCACAGGUACAUUGAGAUCUUCAAGAGCAGCCGUGUCGAGGUGAGGACCCACUACGAACCCCAGAGGAAACCUAUGGGGAUGCAGAGACCGGGGCCCUACGACAGACCGUCUGGGGGCCGUGGGUACAACAUGAUGGGGGGCCGAGGAGGGGGCUCCUAUGACAGGGCUAGACGCGGAGGCUAUGGUGGAGGUGUGUCUGAUGGGAGGUACGGUGAUAGUAGCUCCUCCUUCCAGAGCACCACGGGUCACUGUGUUCACAUGAGGGGUCUGCCCUACAGAGCCACAGAGACCGACAUCUACAAUUUCUUUUCUCCUCUGAACCCAGUGAGAGUGCAUGUAGAGAUCGGUCCUGACGGCAGAGUGACAGGAGAGGCUGACGUGGAGUUUGCUACACAUGAGGACGCUGUGGCAGCCAUGUCGAAGGACAAGGCCAACAUGCAGCACCGCUAUGUGGAGCUGUUCCUCAACUCUACAGCAGGGGGCAGUAAUGGCUCGUACGGCAGUCCGAUGCAGGGUGGUAUCGGGAGCCAGUCCUCCUAUAGCAGUGGAGGGCUGAGCUCUGGAUACUCUGGAGGCUACAGCGGCCAGGGCAGCAUGGGAGGUUACAGUGAUUAUAGUAACCAGGGCGGUAUGAGCAGCAGUUAUUAUAGCGGCGGUGGAGGAAGCAGGAGUUCCAAUGGCCUGGGGGCAGGAUGGGGGAUGUAGUUCUUUAACCAAGCAUGUGUUCGGCUGGAAGGACUGGAAUUGUAGUUCUUACCUGGAUGUUUUGUUUUAGACCGAUCGUAUUCAUGAUUGAGGCUCCUUUGAAGUAAUGUUGGUAGAAAUUAGAGACAUUUCGUUUUCACCCUCUCCUAUCCUACUGUUAAUGACAUGACUGCAGCGACACAAACUGUUUGGUACUGUUGGAACAAAAACUGACCUUGGGCGGAAUGCUUGUUUCAUCAUCGUUACCAGGAAGUGUGUGUUGUUUUGGUGUUUUAACAAAGAUUCAAAUAACCAACUGUGAUUAUGACCCAGUCUGUUUCUUUAACCCACAGUAGCUCACCUUAUGUUGACCAGAGCUUUUAUUUGACCAUGAAGUGACUGACUGCAGGGUUGGGGUAAACUCUAGUCAAUUCAGAAAGUAAACCAAAUUCCAAUUCCACAUUUUGUUUUAAUUGAAAUGUAAUUGACCCCACCCCUGACUGUUCUGUCUCCCCGAGUGUAUGAACCAACACACCUCUGUAAAUAGUAUUCUAGAUGUUCCUUGUCUUUUCUCCAGUAGGUGCAAAAAUAUGUAGACUUUGUUGAAGUCUGAAACAAUGGUGUGAAGUUAACAUUUUACAUGGUGAACAAAGAGCAUGUUUGAGUUUGUUUUAUAAUGAAGAGUGAUUGUUAUGGGAGGGGUUACGGGGAAUUCUCCAUGAGGGAUGGAUACUUACCUAAUUUAGUUGGCAAACAAACCUUACGUUUUUCUGUUAUAAAGGUUUCUUUCUACUGCCUAUGGGGAAUUUUCUCUUUGUAUUUCUUGUAAGGUGCACAAGAGUGAAUACAAUUUUAAGAUGGA